UCGCAGUUGUUGACAAGUUCGUCAACAUGGAAGGGAAAAAUGACCCCCCUCCUGACACCAUGGACCUCCCGUUAUCCCUGUUGGAGAUGGGAUGCUCUGGCAGGUUUGAGCUCAUCACACAUCCUCUGCCCGGAAAUGCUCCUGCACCACAAAGCACGCUCCCUCACGGGUUACCUCCCACAGCCCUGAACCUGGAGGCUGAAGUAGAGAAGCAGUUUCUCCAAGACCCUGGCUGGCUUCCUUUGUACGACACAGACUUUGGAUUCCGGAAGUUUCUAGAGGUGAGCAAGAGAAACGUGAACGUUGACUCCCUGCUGAACUGUACAACUUCACCGCUCCACUCAGAACUUUCUGUUCUGAGAGAUCCCACAACAGGAAUGCUGCUGGACAUCACAGAGGUGCUCCUCGAAAACACUGGCCUUUCUGCUAAGAACUCGCUGUCAUUGCAACGAAAGCCCGGGCCUCCUUCAGAUGGUCAUCUUGGGAGCAGCACAAACUACCCCUUUUUGCCCGGAGGCAUGGAGGAGCUAACACUGGAUCAAAUUCAGAAGAAAUCUGAUUUAGAGGCGGAUAUUGAUUUUGAAAAAGACUUGUUGAACAUUCCUCCUGGCUUUAAAGUUGGGAUGGACUUCACUGACAAAGAUGCCAAAGUAGUGAAGGAGCCAGUUAGCCUCAUGACCAUCCUGUCCGCACUGGAUAUUAAUGACCUGCAGCCUGAAGCACCAGAGAAGGACAGAGGAAGUGAUGGAUCUCUCAAACUACCUAGGACAAACAGUCUGGAUGACCUGGGCAUCCAGGAUUCUGCAUCCCCAGCCUCCACCAGCCAGGAGGCAAAAGAAGAAAAGAAAUCAGCCCAGCCAGAGAAGCCUCAAGAGGAAGUAAAAAAAUGGGCCAUCCCAGUUGAUGUGACUUCGCCGUGUCAAGACUUCCACAAGAGGAUCCCACAUCCUGCGUUCACAUGGCCCUUUGAACUGGAUGUGUUCCAGAAGCAAGCCGUCUUGAGACUUGAGGCACAUGAAUCCAUUUUUGUGGCUGCACACACGUCGGCUGGUAAAACGGUGGUAGCAGAAUACGCCAUCGCCUUGUCUCAGAAGCACAUGACCAGGACCAUCUACACGUCCCCCAUCAAGGCUUUGUCCAACCAGAAGUACCGUGACUUUAAAAACACCUUUGGAGAUGUUGGAUUGCUUACAGGAGACAUACGGCUGAACCCUGAGUCAUCAUGUCUCAUCAUGACCACAGAGAUUCUCAGGUCAAUGCUCUACAAUGGUUCAGACGUGAUCCGUGACUUGGAGUGGGUGGUGUUUGACGAAGUUCACUACAUUAAUGAUGCUGAGAGAGGUGUCGUGUGGGAGGAGGUGUUGAUCAUGCUUCCGGAUCAUGUGGGCAUCAUCUUUCUCAGCGCCACUGUACCAAACGCUUUGGAGUUUAGCGAGUGGAUCGGUCGCAUCAAGAAGAAACAGAUCUACGUCAUCAGCACCUCCAAGAGACCCGUGCCACUGGAACAUUUCCUUUACACUGGGAACAGCACCAAGACAGAGAAAGAAAAGUUUCUGCUGCUGGAUGCUGAAGGGAAAUUCCUCAACAAUGGGCACUCUGCAGCUGUUGAUGCUAUCAAGAGUCGUGCUAGCAAGCACAGUCAAACCUUUGGCGCGAAAGGCACGCCUCGGUACACCUCUGCCAGCCAGGACCGGUCAGUUUGGCUUACCCUCCUCAACUAUCUGUCCAAGCAGCACAUGACCCCUGUCAUAGCCUUCAUCUUCUCUCGCUCACGCUGCGACGAUAACGCUGCAGGGCUGAACGCUUUAGAUCUGACAACCUCUACAGAAAAAUCCAAAAUCCAUUCUUUCUUUAAGAAGAGUCUAAGUUGUCUUCAAGCAGGAGACCAACAGCUGCCCCAGAUCUUGCGGGUCAAAGACUACUUGGUUCGGGGUAUCGCAGUGCACCACAGUGGGAUCCUGCCCAUCCUGAAGGAAGUGGUAGAAAUGCUCUUCUCACGAGGUCUGGUGAAGGUUUUGUUUGCCACAGAGACUUUUGCAAUGGGAGUCAACAUGCCAGCCCGGACAGUGGUGUUCGACAGUCUGCGGAAGCAUGACGGCACUGGAUUCAGAAACCUCCUGCCUGGUGAAUAUAUCCAGAUGGCGGGCAGAGCUGGGCGCAGAGGUCUGGAUGCCACCGGAACUGUGCUGAUUCUUUGCAAAAGUGGAGUUCAAGAAUUCAGUGAACUGCACCAAAUGAUGCUGGGGAAGCCAACGGUUCUUCAUUCCCAGUUCAGGCUUACCUACAACAUGAUCCUUAAUCUCCUGCGGGUGGAAAAUCUGCGAGUGACCGACAUGAUGAGGAGGAGCUUCUCCGAGAGCCACAAAGACAACCAGGCCAAUGAAACCAGGAUCAAGACUUUGAAGCAGACUUUGUCUACACUUCCUCCUCUGGAGACACAUGGGCAGAUGUCAGACAUUUUGUCAUACUACAUGAUAGUGACUGAGAUGAAGGACAUAUCUGACCUGCUUCAGGGUGCAAUCCUGGAGUCUACCAGCGGGCUGAAGGCUUUGUCUGUGGGCAGAGUGGUGGUCGUCAAUAACAGCCAGCAUUUCAAUGCCCUGGGCGUGAUAGUGCAGGUCUCAGUUGACCUUGUGUCCUCUGCCUUCACCACGCUCAUCAUUUGCGAAAAAGGGAACGAGAACGGCGAGAUGACAGCAAGAGUUGACAUUCCUUUCCAUCACUACUUCAACACAGCUCUCUUCAUACCUGAAGGACCCUGCAGUCACACUGUCCAGAAGCUGAAGAUGCAGGACAUCUCUGCCAUCACAGUGAAGACUCUCAAAGUUGUUCCUGACCGGAUCACCAAUGAUUUUAACAAGAGACAGCUGCCUCGAUUCAAGUUUGACCCUCCAGGAGAGGCCAUCUCCAGAACCACCCAGGAGCUGCUGCGCAUGGCUGAAGCCAACCCAGGUGGUCUGGCAACACUGGACCCCAUCAACGAUCUGAAGCUCAAUCGCGUUGAAGUGGUGGAGGGCUCAUUGAGGCUUCGUGGCCUCAAGGAAAGGCUCAAGGAUUUCAACUGCGUUCACUCUCCCACUUUUGCAGAACAGUUCGAAGUGGUGAAGGAGAGGAUGAGUGUGCAGGCGGAGCUGGACCAGCUGCGCUUCCUCAUGUCAGAUCAAGCUUUGACCCUGUUGCCCGAGUACAAUCAGAGGAUCGAGGUGCUGAAAUCCCUCCAGUACGUGGACAGCAGUGGAGCGUUGCAGUUGAAAGGGCGAGUGGCUUGCCUCCUCAGCAACCAUGAGCUGCUGCUUACCGAGCUGCUGCUGGAGAACGUCCUCAGUCCGCUGGCGUCCGAGGAGUGUGCGGCGCUGCUGUCCUGUUUGGUCUUUACUCAGAACACACAAGUGGAGCCCACGGUCAACAAGGCUCUGAAGGAGGCUAUUGACCGAGUCCAGGCGGUGGCCUGGAGGAUCGGGGAGCUGCAGGCGGAACAUGGAGUGAUAAAAGCUGUGUCUGACUUUGUUCAAGACAUCAAGUUUGGCCUGGCAGAGGUGGUGUACUGCUGGGCCAGAGGGAUGCCCUUCACUGAAAUCAUAAAGCUGACAGACAUCCAGGAGGGCACAGUGGUCCGCUGCAUCCAGCGCCUGGACGAGGUUCUGAAGGAAGUGAAGCAAGCCGCUCACAUUGUCGGAGACUCAGUCUUGGAGAAGAAGAUGGAGAAUGCCUCUCUGGCAAUUCGAAGGGAUAUAAUCUUCACAGCCUCCCUCUACACCCACUGAUUCAUGGGAUUCAUUUGACAGCAUAGAUUGUAAACAUUCAUCAACGCUACCAAAAUAAACAGUCUUGUUUCAAAAUUAC